CGGCGAUUAGCGUCGACUAGCGUCGACGAGCGUCGAUUCGCCAGAGCCGACAAGAUGGUAUGGGAGGCUCCCACGAGUUGCCCUCAAAGGGGGGGUGUCUUCGGGGUCGGUGGUCGGCCCGCGCGGCGGUGAAGGGCGCAGGAGGGGCGGGCGCUACGGGCGCGCUGCUGACGGUGGCGCUCUACGCCGCAAACGUAGGCUUCAACGUGCUGAACAAGCAGACGCUGACUGCGGUUCCAGAUUUUCCAGUCUGGAACACCGUGCUGCAUUUCGGGGUCGGCAGUUGCUUGUCGUUGGCCGCAUGGGCUCUCAGAUUGCAGCGACCGCCAGCCUCUUUGAGCGCAGGAGCUCUAGAAUGUAUAUCCCCACUGGUGUUCUUGCACUGUGUCGCAAUAUUGUUUACGAAUUUGGCCGUGGCUAAGGUGAACCUGUCUCUUGUGCAUACCAUCAAAGCGGCGGAGCCGUUCUAUGCAGCGUGUCUGUCUUUUUUAGUGUUGGGGAUCGUUCCCUCAGCCGGUGCAUUAGGAUGCUUGGCGCUGAUCGUGUCUGGCGUGAUGAUGGCUUCUAUUUCUGAGGUGUCAUUCACGUAUGUGGGUUUCUUGGCCGCCAUGGGAUCGAAUCUGGGCUUCUGCUUGAAAAAUGUGUUGAGCAAGAAGCUUCAGGCAGAUGCACGCGUGGACGAGCUGAACCUAAUAUCACUGCUCACGCUUGGAUCAUUGUUCGUGGGUCUGCCUUUUGCGAUUUGGCGUGAAGGUAUGAACCCUCCUUUCGGUGACGCUGUCGUGCUGGUGCGUGGUGUAUCCGCAGGGGUCCUGUUCCACCUGUACCAGAUCGCGUCCGUCCUGAUGCUAUACCGUGCUUCUCCCGUGACGCACAGCGUGAUUAACAUCGUCAAACGCCCAGUUCUAAUAGUGGUUUCGAUCGCAUGGUUUGGCACUCCAGUCGGAUGGAGCAAUGGACUUGGGCUUGGAUGUGCGUUGUUGGGUUGCUAUGCUUAUAGCUUUUCGAAGCGCUGAGGCACGUUGGCUUUGGAAUCAAUGUCUGUGUAUGCGCGAUUUGGUGUGGGAGUACAGUGCUACUGUCCAGGAUUACAGAGUGCUGCAAGCCUUUCGCAUGCCUCUCUUUUGGCGUCAGCGGCGAAGAGGGGGUUCGUUGCAUAUACAGCGCAGGGAUACAUUGAGCCCGUCCGAAGAACACCGUAGGCGUCGACGAGCAAAGGCUGACAAUCAAUUACGCUUCUGUGUCCUGCAUUCGGCUACCGCGGUUGUUGGGCAAGUUGGCGCGCUGGUGGCACGAUCGUCACAUUCUGAGUCGAUUUCGACCCCAUAUGCUGUCUAGUUUGUUCGGCACGUUAGAUACAACUGGGUCUUCAGCGAGAGAGCCCUGCAGUGCAAAUAUACAUGGUCUGCACACGGCAUUGGAUCAUGUGCGAUGCAGGCGUCAGCGUUGACAUUGACGUUGGGCUGCUAAGCAGAUACCCAUAGCCGUGCGAUACCCCACGGAGCAACAGCAGCAACAGCAGCAAAGAUAACAGGACAUGGCG